UGUAAUAGAAAAUUUUUGGAGAAGGAUCGAAUUGUAAGAGACCAUUGUCAUUUGACUGGCAAUUUUAGAGGUUUUGCACACAAUGGGUGCAAUUUAAAUUAUAAAAAAUCAUUUGUGGUUCCAAUAGCCUUCCACAAUAUGAGUGGUUACGACUCGCAUUUCAUAAUAAAGGAUUUAGCGAAAAUGUACUACAUUUCCAUUUUACCAGUCAACAAAGAAAAAUAUAUUAGUUUCACAGUUUACCAUAAAAAGACAAAUAUUAGAUUCCGGUUCAUUGAUACUUUUAGAUUUAUGGGGAGUUCAUUAGAUAGCUUAGUUUCAACUUUGAAGCCAGAAAAUUUUGGAAUUUUAAGAAAACAAUUUCCAAAUUUAGAUGAUGAAACGUUCAAGUUGUUAACUAAAAAAGGAGUAUUCUUUUAUGAUUAUUUAGAUAAAAUUGAACGGUUGGAUGAAACAAAGUUGCCAAAUAAAGAAAAAUUCUACAAUAAACUGAACGAUGAGCAUAUAUCAGAUUCAAAUUAUGCUCACGCUAAAUUAGUGUGGGAGAAAUUUAACAUGAAGACUCUUUGGGAUUACAGUAAUUUAUACAUGAAGACAGAUAUACUUCUUUUGGCUGUAGUUUUCGAAACUUUUCGAGACACAUGCUUCAAGACAUAUGGAUUAGAUCCAGGACACUACUAUACCAUCCCAGGUUUUACAUGGGAUGCAAUGCUCAAGUAUACAGGAUGUCACUUGGAAACUAUACAAGAUGUUGAUAUGCUUUUAUUCUAUGAACGAGGUAUACGUGGAGGUAUAUCACAGUGUUGUAACCGGAUGGGGGAGGCUAACAACAAAUACAUGAUGAAUUACGAUCCAUCUAAAUCUUCUAAAUAUCUCAUGUACCUUGAUGUUAACAAUCUAUAUGGUUGGGCGAUGAGUGAACCUCUCCCUUAUGGAGGUUUCCAUUGGGAUGAUACAAAUAUCGAUGUUAUGUCAAUACCUGACGAUGCAAAAGAGGGAUACAUUCUUGAAGUUGAUCUCUCUUAUCCAGAAAACUUACAUGACUACCAUAAAGAUUUACCGUUUUGUGUAGAGCAUUGCAAACCUCCUGGUUCCAAACAAUCUAAACUCUUGUCCACUCUGUACAAUAAAACUAACUACGUUAUUCACUACAGGAACCUAAAACAGGCUAUAUCACAUGGAUUCGUUCUUACUAAAAUUCAUAAGGUAUUGAGAUUCAAGCAAAUGACUUGGUUAAAAGGUUACAUUGCUCUUAAUACACAAUUGAGGGCUCAAGCUAAAACAAGCUUUGAGAAAAACUUAUACAAGCUCAUGAACAACGCUGUAUUCGGGAAGACCAUGGAGAACCAAAGGAAGCAUAGGCUGGUGAAACUAGUAAAUAAAUGGGAGGGACGCGUAGGUGCUCGAAAUUUGAUUGCUAGCCCGAAGUUUCAUAGUCGCGUUAUUUUCGAUCAAUCAUUAAUGGCAGUAGAAUUAAAGAAAGCUGAAAUUAUUUUUAAUAAACCAUUGUAUGUUGGAAUGGCAAUUUUAGAACUUUCUAAAACCUGCAUAUAUGAAUUUCACUAUGACUAUAUGUUACAAAAAUUCCCAUUAAAUCAAAAUAAAUUGCUUUAUAUUGAUACUGAUGGAUUGAUUUAUGAAACUGAAUGUAAUGAUAUAUACGAGGAAAUGAUUAAGCCUGACAUUCAUAGAUUUGAUACAAGCGAUUAUCCCCCAAAUAAUCCUUGGAAUAUUCCUUUAGUAAACAAAAAAGUGCCAGGUCUAAUGAAAGAUGAGAAUAACUCAAAAAUCAUGACUCACUUCGUUGGUCUUCGUUCAAAGCAAUAUACAUAUAAAGUGGCUGGGGAGAAAGAUGUUAAAAAGUCGAAAGGGGUUAAGAUGAAUGUUGUAAAGAUGAAAAUUAACUUUGAUGAUUAUUUGAAUUGUUUGAAAAGUUUUCGUGAAACUGCCGAAACAAAAUCACUUUUUUAUGCAACACAGCGUUGUAUACAAUCUAAAUUACAUGAAGUUUACAGUAUUGAGCAAACUAAAAUAGCCUUAAACCCUUUUGAUGACAAACGGCACUUACUCUCCAACACUUUUGAUACGUUGCCCUGGGGCCACUACAGUAUAACACAUAGGUGAAUUCAUUUUUCAGAUGUGGAAGAUGGAAAGUCUACAGAAUUUAUGCAUAAGCACUAUUAUCGAAAACAUACAUGAAAUUUCAAAAUUUAUUAGUAAAUCGCCUUUACCAUGGGUAUUAACGGAGGAAAUAGUUCAAAAAUUUAGUAAAAUUAAAUGGAUGCAAAUUAAAACUAAUCCCGUUCCUUAUGAACAUUUUAAAGUUUGUGACUUUGAGAAUCAUGAUCUAGAAUUGAAUAUUUCACCUGAAC